AUGGCUCAGUUGAUGCCUCAACUUUAUCAUAAUCUCAUGUCAAACUGUUCAGUUGACGAUGGCUUCUAUUAUAAAGAUGCUCAACGUGAUUCUACUAAAUAUCGUACAUUCAAUUAUCGACUAUGUUCCUACACUACUUUCAAUAACCUUCCGUCUGCUUUAAAUUGUCGUGGAACAAUGUUCAACAUCACUGAUCUUGACAACGUUAAAUUAGUUUCUUUGCCACCAGAAAAAUUCUUCAAUUACGACGAAGGUAAUGGUUCGCGAGAUCAUGAAUUAGGACAAUUCGGCGAUCAAAUGGAUAAGAUUGAUGGGUCACUAAUAUCAACAUUUCUUCAUUUUAAUCAGGCGAAUCAACCAAUCGUUCUUUUGAAAUCAAAAACAUCGUUCAACUCUUCGCAGGCAUCUGAAGCAAUGGAUUUACUAAAAGGACAAUUUAAAUGCGAAAUCGAACGUUUAGCUCAUCUUCAGUACACUAUCAAUAUGGAAUAUACGUCACCUACCAAUCGAAUCGUUCUUGAUUAUCCUCGUGCUGAACUGACUGUACUCUCAAUUCGGUAUCAUGUAACUGGUGAGACUCUAUUUGCUCGACGUCUUAUAUCAUUCCUUGGUGAAAAUGGUUUUCAAUCGAUUCUUGAACAUGUAGUUCCAUUUAAAUCGGUUUCAAAUCAGGUACCUAAAAGUGAAAUCAUAAAAAAUAUUCGUGCUGAGACUCAAGGCGAAGGCUAUGUUAUUGAAAUUAUUCGUCCAGACGAUACUUCUUAUUUGGUAAAAGUAAAAACUAACAAAUAUCUUCAGUUACAUCAUUGCAAAAAUAGUGUAAACUCUUUGCGACAUCUAUUUGAAAAUAUAAUCAAUGAGCAAUCCGACGAUUUAAGAUCAAUAUUACAAGAUGAUUGUUCAUCUUUGGAGAGAAUUACUAAAAUGGAAGAGCAAGUGCGGCCUAAAUUUAAUCACAUGGUUCAAUCUAUUGAACAGUUUUAUGAACAAAACAAACAUCUUUCGAAAAAAGAGUUUGCCAUCCUGAUUAACAAUACGCCGUCAAUGAAACAAUAUAUGUCGCUACUGAUGAAUUUGUUUUUGGGUAAAGCCAAUGAUUAUAAAAAAUUUGCGAUAGUACACGCAAAAGAUAUGUUUGGAAUCAAUGAUGACGAUCAAGCAUUGCCACUACUGGAUAACAAAGUAGAAGAAAAAGAUGGAUAA